CCGGCCCUCCCGGCCCGAGCGCGCCUCGGCCUUCCGCCUGUGGGGGAAGCGGGGGCGAAAGUGCCGGGCCGGCGGCCUGGGUGGUUGCCCGCCCUCGCAGGUUAGAGCCGCGCUGCGCUGUCGGCACGGCAGCGGCGAGGGCUGCCGCGCGGGGGGGCGCCGCAGCCUUUGCCGAGCUCUAGGGCGACGGGCUUGUUCGCCCGCUGGCCUUUUCCGGUGGCAGAAGAGGCGUGCCCGCCACCCUUGGCGAGCGCUGGGUCUGGAACGUGUUGGGGCGGUACCAGCUGUAUGUACGCCAGCACCGUGCUGGCGGCCUCGAGUCAUGAAGUGAGUGCUAAGGCAGGUACGGCCUCUCGGUCUGGCCAGAACCCGAACGCAUUUGUGGUCUUGCAGCUUCUGAUCCUAAGUGCGUGUGAAGGAAGUGCUAAAGGGCGCAGUCAAAAGCAGGCAGGCAUCGGUGUGUGUAUUGUGUCAGCCCGUGUCAUCGCGAUGGUGCCAGGAGUUUGCUGUGCUCUGUCCGUGUCACGGCUUUGGACUAACAGACAGGUUCAUCUGUAAUGCCUGAGGAUAGAUGUCAAACCGCAUGGGGAGAGAGAUGGUUUUGUGUUUUGCUUGUGCGUGCUUGGCUGUCACAGUUCCUUUUUAAAGGUCACUUGCUUUUCAGCUCACUCUCUUAGUUUUCAAAACCUUGUGCAAGUACAAAAAAAGCAAUCAAGAAUGCUGUCUCACCAUUCAUCCAGAAAUACACACCUUCAUAGGCCAGGUUAAGAAGAAAAUGGCAAGCCUGCUAUCUUCCUGGUGGAGAGCAUAAGUGCUUCCGCUAGUGUGUUAGACGAGGGGAUCGACUUUAUUUUUACACGUGUUGAUGUAUUGCUUCCCCUCAAAGGGGUUGUCCAUUUUGCUCCCUUGUCUUCUAUUGCCAGUAUGUCGAUAGAGGUUUUCUGUAAUUUUGAUUUGUUUUUUAAAGCUUUUUUUAAACUGAAAUUAGAAAAGAAACAGCUUGUUUUACAGAAGAGAUCUUCUGUAAUGUUAAGUGUGAUGUUAGCUCUUUUGUAAUUAAGGAGGAUUCAGGGCUUCUCUUUAUUUCAGUUGAACAUAUUCAUGACUUCUAAGAGAGGGACAUGAGCUGUUGAUAGUGAAGCAUUUGAGUAGUGGAUACUUGUGAAAAUCUUGGCCUAAGCCAAUUGUCUGAAGUUGCUCAGUAAUUCUGUAGCAGAGCAAUAGAAGAGAAAACAGUUCUUCUCUUUCCUAGUUCACUAUUGUAUGAAUAAAAUUCUUUUUUUGUCAUUGAUUUGUACCAGAAGACAACAAUAUUCUAUGUUGCCAAUCAUCCAAGGACUAAAGCUGCACAAUUCUUUCUAUAUUAGCUCUGUGAUACAAAAUAUGAAUAUUUCACUUCGGGGGGGGUGGGGUGGAAAGGUCUUCAAGGAUCUAUUUAAUUUAUGUGACAAACACGUGAUUUAUAAUUUUUUGUGUUUUAACUUUUAAUUCCACUUUACUUACGGUGACUUUGAACAGCAAUUACCAUGUGCUUCAGAGGUGAAGAGCAAGACUGUUCAGUUCAUGAAUUUAAGAAAUGCAGGAACUCUGAAUGACACAAGCUCUUUAGAUGAGACCACUUACGAAAAACUGGCUGAAGAAACACUGGACUCUUUAGCAGAUUUCUUUGAGGACCUGACAGAUAAGCCCUUUACCCCAGAAGAUUAUGAUGUCUCUUUAGGGGUAGAGUACGUUUGUCCUGGCUUUACUGAUGAGAGCCUGUGGUGGAUGGAGAGAAGCAACAAGAGUGGAGUUCUAACAGUUAAAUUAGGCGGAGACAUGGGAACAUAUGUAAUCAAUAAGCAAACACCAAACCGGCAGAUUUGGCUGUCCUCACCCACUAGUGGGCCCAAGCGCUAUGACUGGACUGGACGGAAUUGGGUGUAUUCUCAUGACAGAGUAUCCCUUCAUGAACUACUAUCAAAAGAAUUUUCAACAGCGUUAAAAACUAAAUUGGAUUUGUCCUGCUUAAUAUAUUCUGGGAAAGAAGAUACUUGAUGAUAUUCUACCUCAUGGAAGUUUAAAGACUUUAACCACAAGCCAAGCCCUUCUUAGGUUUCUGAAGUACCUGAGCUUAAUUCUGUUGUUGUUUUUCUUGACAUCACUAUGUUGUGCAACAAAACUGAAAAUAAUGUAUUUUUCUCUAGUGCUCAGUCUUUGGAUUUCUGUGUCACCGCUUGAAUCUGUGUCCAUGUAGUACAGGUGGUUGAGGUUGCCCUUCCUGUCACUGCAUUUCUUACUUUCUUACUGCAGAAGUCAGUCAUGAAUUCUUACUGACUGUAGUCUUGUUUGGACUGACCCAGCUGUGACUUCUGACUAUCGCACAGAUGCUAAACUUCUUUCGGUGAGACAUUCACCCCAAAAAAGAAAUGCCUGUGAAUCGCAUUGACAUAAGUCAUGAUCUUGUUAAUGCAUUGCAGUAAAAUUUGUGGCUAUUGUGAGUGAAUAAUGCAUCACAGCCAAAUUAAACAUGUCAUAAAUGAAUUACUGUGGCAGGUAGAAACUUUUCAUUUUGUAUCAUGCAUGUAAUAAUAUUUCAGAACUUGCACUUUUCUCCAAAUUCUAAAUUCUAGUUUCUUUCACGUUAGGAUUUUUUUUUUUUUUGAGCUAAACUUUAAAUUACUUAGAGGUCUGUGUGGCUGUAAUCAUCAUAUGGAACUGGAAAGGCUGGUAUGUGAUGUUUAAGUUGUGCAGCAAUAUCUCUGCAAACACUUCAUUCUGUUACUGUGGAUUUCUCUUUCUGAUCCCUUUUGUUCUUCAAACAGUAAAAAUGCAUAAUUUAUUGACCUUUUUUCUUUUAGUUGAGCAAAAUUUGCAAUAAUUUUGUUCUGCUGCAUUUCUUAAGUAAGUGAGCUUAGAUUAUCUUUUUUCACUAUGAUACAACAAGGCUUCCCUUAGUACCUUGCUGACGCAAAAACUUUUGCCUUUUUGCUUCUUAGAAUUGAGUAUGGUACUUAGGCUGAUGAAGCUGUCUUUUUCAGUCUGUUAAAAAAUGAGAAUGAAAUAAAUUAUAUACUCUGGAUCUUAAACCAAAAAGCUUUAAAAGAAAUCGUGAACUGCAAGAAGAAUGCUUCAACACUUGCACUGUUGUGUUAUUACCACUGGUGGGAUUUAAUUGCCUAUAAAAUGGAAGCACAAAGUUGUUGACUAAUUCUUGAGGAAACAGUUAUACCAUACUCUUAUAAAUUGUUUAUCAAUAUAUGAAAAGAUGUUCAGUGCAAACUAUUUUUCUUCUCGGUUCCUCUGACGUUUGUGUUUAGUUUGGCAUGAUUCUCUGGCUAGCUAGAAUCAUUCAGAUGUGAUUAAUUUUGUCACUGAAAAACAAUAGCUAUACAGUAUUGUUGCCCAGUAAUUGCAUUUAAAGUAUAAGCAUUGUUACCUGCCAUUUUUCACUAUUAAAUAGAGAAUAACAUCGUACUAGAAGCAGCUCUUGGUUAAUUGUGCACGCUGUUUGCAUGUUUUUCAAGCAAAAUAAAAAAUACAACAAUUAUCUGAAAUUUCAACUCUACUGUAUCAGGUAAAUACAAUGACUACCAACUCAUAUGAGUACAAGAGUAAAAGAUGUUUGGGUUUUUUUAACAAAGGAAAGCUAAAAAUAGAACAUCUUUUUACUGUUUUGAAUUUAGAAUACUGAAAAUAAUUUACAGCAUAUGGAAAAUGAUAGUAUUUAGCUCAAUCUCCUAGUCAUUCAAAUAGCUAUUUAAACACAUUUGUACAGAUGUUAACAACUUGAUAUUUCAAUCCAGGAUACUUCCUCCUGGUUCUUCCUUUGCCCGAUCAUGUAUAGCUUAUGUCAUUAUUUUUCUGAUUGACUUUUCAAAAAAAUAUUUUCUUAAGUAAUUUGCAUGCAACAUACUCACUAACAUGCAUCUGAUUCAUAUUUGGAGGUUCAGUCUUCAUUCCCUUGCAUCUUGUGCAAAUGUUUAUACCAAAAUAAAGUUGCAUGUAGAAUUCCUAAUUCAUUAUGUAAAGGUGUGAUUUCAGGCUAUGAUGAUAAAGCUAAAGACCACAGACAAGCGUAUUGUUUGGAAUUCUUUGUGUUUCUUAAAACACUGACUGGAAAGAUUCUGUUCAAAAUUUGGCCAGUCAGGGUGGAUUUUAUAAGAGCAUUUCAACUUUCACAUUUGACAUGCCUUGCCCUUCACCCAUAAUGCUACUGCUAUUUAUGCAAACAGUUUCCUGAUUUUAGGUAUCUGAGUAACAAAUGGAUUUAAUCUAACCAGUGAAGAUAAAUAGCAUCAGCAAGUUAGAAUGAGUUUUAUCUCAGUGUACAAAAUGAAUCAUAGGAUGUGACUCAUUUUUUGCUCUAAUACUUGCAUCAAAGUGUAAGUAAGGGCAAGGACCCCAUCAGCCAUCAUGCUUGUACAGUGGAGGCACAGGACGAGCUCUGAUCCUAAUGUCAGACUUUGCAUAUUGCCCCAAGACAAGUAACUCUUCCAUACUAUUUUUUUACUUCUGUAACUUACUUGAGUAAGUUCUAUGGUUACAUACCUCACAUCACAUCAAUCAUUUCUUGCUUUACCUCCCAAAAGAAAUAGCUGAAGGAAAAUCCUUUGAUAUGCACUGCGGACAGUUAGUAUGGGUACGAGCCGUUGCAUUACUGGCAGCAUUUUUGCCACAAGACAGUUGCUCCAUCUUCAGUGAAGGAAAACAUACAGAGUACUUUUGAAAGAAAAGUAUUGGGAUUUGUAGCUGUACUGAAUGCUCAGACUCAGCAGAGAAAGUGGGUGCAUUGGGGGUUUUUUACGUAUAUCAGAGUUUCACCAAAAGCUAAUCAUUCUUUUUCAUGAUUGUUUUUUUCUGCUUCCGGCCUACAGUCUGAAUGUCCUAGCAUGUCCAACCUUGCUGAAGUUCAUUGUUUCCUGUGUGCCAGUGAGUUCUUCGGAAGUCUCCAUUGAUUCACGUAGUGAAGCUUACAGCAACUGCUCGCUGUCUGUAUUGGUCACAAAAUACUACAUUUGCUUGACAGGAGUUAACGUGCCUAAAUGCUUGUCUGGUGUUUGUUGGUUCAUUUUCCUUUCCACUUGUGAUAAUUUUUAGGAAACAUUACCUCUUCCCUGCAAGACUGUUCCAUGUGAUGAAAUUAUCCCAUCUUGUUUCCUUAAAAUUCCUAAAGACUUUAAGCAGCUUCAAUAAAUGGGAUAAAGACCUGUCCUGAAGAGGUGGUAGCCAAAUGAAGGGGAAUUCGCAGGGAAGUUUGUGUGUGGUUACUUCUAGUUUCUGGUUAAUGGUUGAACUCCGUGAUUUUGCUAACCAGCUCUGGAAUGUGUGGGAGACCUGGGAAGGAAGGCGGAGGCUUGCCAA